CCCGCCCGCCCCGCGGCCACUCCGUCUAAGGACCGGCCGGCGACCACCGGCACCGACGGAGCCGCCCCCAGGACUAGCGAAUCCGCCACCGGCGAGCAGCCGGCCGGAUGGAUAAGUUUGUCAUCCGAAAGCCUCGGGGGCGGGAGAGUCCCCAGAAGAGAGCGCCCGAAGAAAAGGUUUACAGGCAAGCCACCCUGGAAUCGCUGAAGAGGGUUGUGGUCGUGGAGGACGUAAAGAGAUGGAAGUCAAUGUUGGAGCUCCCCGGCCAGAGCGAGGAGGUCCUCACGGAAGCCUUGAGGGAGCUGAGGAAGAAGAUCCCCUCCAAAGAGGUGCUCCAGUCCACCCAGAUAGGUGACGCCGUGAGCGCGAUGCGUGGCCACCCAGCCCCGGCGGUGGCCAGCCUGGCGCACGAGGUCCUCGCCGCCUGGGAAGCAUUCCUGGCCCAUCACGCCAACAAGCCUUGCAUCGAGGUGCGGAGCGAUUCCGGGACGGAGGGCCUCCGCCAGAAGGCCCGGGAAAUGCUCUCCCGAGCCCUGGAGCUGGAGGAAGCUGACCCGUUGGCCGAAAGCGUCGAGCGAGAAGCCUUCCACCUGUGCUCCCGCCUGGUCAGGGGCCCGUACCGGCGGACCGUCCGAGCCCUGGUCUUCGCGCUCAAGCACCGGCCCCAGCUCCGAGCGCAGCUGCGGAGCGGAUCGCUGACCGUCGGCGCCUUGGUGCGGGACCACCGCAAGUGACAGCGGGCCGCCCUUCCCCUCCCCACCUUCCAACCAGACAGGCGGAAGGGCCUGUGGAUCUUCUCCCCGCGGUGGCUCGGUCUCCGACCGGGGGAAUCCCUGAGAGCAGAGGUCCGGCCCGGCCCGGCUCCCCGCCUCGGACUCCGGGACGGUCCGGGCGCGGGCCGUCGCCGAGCGGCGGGGAGGGUGCGGCGGAGAGGGAGGGGAGGUCCCCGGGAUCGGCCGGGGCCCCGGGGGAGAGGCCGGGCAUCGAAUCUCACACUCCCGCCCUGGUUCCACAGCUGUCUCAGGCCCAAGGACGCAGCCCACGGGGAACACGCCCGGGAUUUUAGGGAUGGGACCUCACUGCUUUUGAAAAUAAAUGGGGCCUUGUGAAUUCCUAGGCCGGAGAGACCACGUCUCUCCCUGGAAAGGAGUCGCUGCCACUUAGAGCAUAACCGGGGAGCGGCUGAAUCCCCGAAUCCCUGGUCCCGACUUGUUUUACGCUCCACUCCGCCCCAUCCAGGGGUGUUGAGGCUGACCGAACAAUCACCAUUCCUGCACCGUGGCUCCUGCGGCUAGUAGAAUACAGUGCUUGGCACAGAGUAAACAUUUAAUAAAUACCACAAUACCGGGCCGUAAGAUGACAGCUGGUUGGCCAGGGCGGGAGCCGGGGAAGCAGGAAGUGCUCAGGUGAGACCACUGAACAAAUAAGUGGUUAGUACAGUGCUUUCCACACAGCAAGCGCUCAAUAAAUACCAUCGAAUGAAA